AUGUAUCCACCAACACUUUGUAAGCGCGGUGCUGACUAUAGUUGCUUGGAACGUCAAAACAUAAUAGAUGUUGCAAUCAAUAUCCAUAUUCUUUCUAAAUAUCGCGUGGAUGCGGCCUGUUUGCAAGAGGUUCGUCUUCCUCAUAUCGGCUCUCAAAUAAUUAUCAAACAUGGUUCUGAGCAAAGAUAUUGGUUAUCAUUGGUUAUGUCUUAA